GGGAAAAAUAAAAGCUGCAACGCCUGUUGGCAGCCAUUGAAGAAUGGCCAGUGAGGUUCAAAAACCACUCCUGGAAAGCUCCUGCUCUGGCCCUUCGGAAGAUAGGGACUCAGAAAAUGACACUGUGAGUAAACAUCAGGACUCAGAUAAUGAUCAGAGUGAAUAUAACACAGUUGCCAAAUGUUUGGGUGAGGAUGCUGCACCUUUGGAAAUGCCAGCACAGCCUGCUGAUCCAUGCCAAGCCACGAAAAUGAAAGGGAAACGUGAAGAGGAGCCAACGACCGAGGCAGCCUUGGUGCCGCCUCCCGUGGAGAUAGCUGUCCCUGUUCCAGUGCCACCCUUGAACGAAGGGAAGGGAGCAAAACGGAUGAUGGAGGAUGAUGCUGAUGUUUUUAAAGACAUGCCUGAUGUAUGCCAGGAAGCUAGAGAGCCAGGAAGGGCUAUGCUGCUGCCUGACCUCUUUGGGGAAGCCCAGGAAGCACACAGCAGUUUGGAUGUCAGCCGGGCAGGAGGCUGCACAAAGGUGGAACAGGCUAUUCCUUGCUUGUCCAACACGGUCUCAGAAAAUCAGCGCAAACGCUUUCGGGGUUUUGCCUAUAAAGAGACUGAAGGUCCCCAAGUGGCUUAUGAGCGGCUCCAGGAAUUGUUGUUCCAGUGGUUGAAACCAGAGGCCCGCAGCAAAGAGGAAAUCGUUGAGCAGCUAGUCCUCGAGCAGUUCCUGAACCUCCUCCCUGACGAUGUCCAGAAAUGGGUCCGGGAACGUCGUCCAGAAAAUGGGGAUGAGGCUGUUGCCCUGGCAGAAGACUACCAGUUUCUGCAUCCUGAGCCUGGACGGCAGCCCUAUCCAGAGAGAGCAAGGCAGCGGGCUUCAGCAAGAAGCUGGCUGCGCUGAAGCCUCGGGAGCAGACAGGCAGGAAGGGCUCUUUCUGAGGAGACUCAAAGAUCUAGUAAUCUACCAAGCUGAAGAAUUUUGAAGUCCCAAACCACACUUCAUCUUUGCCGAGUAUGAAAAUGUUUUUAAACCUUUCCCUACUGUGAGUGUUUCUCCCAGGGAAAGCCUCACCUGAUGUGUACCUAGGGCUUGCAUCUGUGCACUCUGCAGCACAAGGAUCAAUUGGGGUGAGGACAGUACAGCACGUGAAAGGGAGAAGACUAAUGUGUGUACUUGUGAAUCCUUUGAAGCAAUUCAGAAGAAAGGCCCUGCC